AUGGAGUCAAGCAGAACACUAACAAAUAAGAAUUUUUUAUUGGAUGGUAUGAAAUCUCCCAAAAAUAUUUUGUGGAAAGGAAAACCAGUUAAAUUGAGACUAAAAAAAGGUGAUGUCGAUAAACUGUUCCGAUCUAAGUCCGUGAUGGGAAUGAAUCUUCACUGCCAUAGCUUGCUUAAAACACUGGUUUCUGACGACAGCGAAAUUUGGUAG